CUCCAGGCUGCCAGUGCAGCAGCAAGGCCAGAGCGGAGCCGUCCCCUGAGCGCCUUCCCAGAGCGCUGCUGCAGAGCGAGCACAGAGGAGACUCGCCCUCUCUCCUGCUCCCCGGCUGCUGCUGAGGUGGGCCUCUCCCCUGCUACCUGCUGGGGCCACUGCGGCAGGACCAGCACGGAAGGACGCACCUUCUUCCUACAUCUGCAGCGUCACGGCACCGGGACCACGGCGCGGGAGGGCAUCCCUCCUGUCUAGCCAGUGUCUUUGAGGAAGGACAAGCUAAAAGAAGGGCUUCUCUCUCAGAAGCUCGUUAGAGCAUCCACAGAAGCUGACGCGCGCUUCUCUCCCACACCCCCCUCUCUGUGUUACCCACUGCUGAAGCAGGAUCUGUUCCAAACAGCGCUUUUUCUUCCAUAUCUGCAAUUGUUCAGCAGGACACACUGGGAACGUUUCUUUUCUCCAGUCUGUACAGCAAGACCUGGGCUAGGAGCAAUAGCUCUUUCUCCAGUAUGACUGUAGCAAGUCCAGCUCAGAGCUACGGCUUUUAAAUUCAGCUAGGAUUGUGUAAGCAGCUCUUCUACCCUCUCCCUCUACUCCACUGAUUCCAUCCCCUCUACCCGAAAACUGGACUCUUACACCAGCCUCAUUUGUAGCAGGAACUUCUUCUGACAGCAUUUGCUGACGUGCAUGGAAGCAAGGGAUGGGUUCCCUCAGAAACAACGAGCCCAUCAAAGAGCCUCUGAAUGCUUUAUCUCGUCAGGGAUCGCCAUCUCCAGUAAACUCUGAUAAGACAACAGUAAACGAACUAUGGAUCCAAAGGCUGCUGCCUUCCUACCCCCGUUACCGUGGCAACCGCCCGGGCUCCCCCAGCCCCGCGCCGCCGCCGCUGCCGCCGCCGGAGCUGCUCGGCAGCCGCCUGCCGCCGCCGGCCAUGGAGCUGCUGGCCGCGGCCCUCAGCGCCGCCUGCGCCCUCGACCAGGACUCGGCGGGACAGCCCGGCAGGGAGCCCCCCGCCGCCGCUGAGGAGAGCCCCGCCGCCGCCGAGGGGCCGCCGCCCGCCCACCCCAUGACCGCCGACUCCUGGAGGAACCUCAUCGAGCACAUCGGGCUCUUGUAUCAGGAAUAUCGAGAUAAGUCUACACGCCAGGAGAUUGAAACCAGACGACUGCAGGAUUCACAGACAGAUCCUGAGGAGAGUUCACCCAGUGAGGAAACCCCAUCUGAAGCAGAACCUACAAGUACAACCGAAAGCAAAGCUCCACCACAAAUCAGUUUGCUGAGGAACUCCAACUCCAGGUUCAACUUAUGGCAGGAUCUUCCCGAGAUCCGGAGCAGCGGGGUCCUCAGCAUCCUCCAGCCAGAUGAGAUCAAGCUGCAGGAGGCCAUGUUUGAGCUGGUUACUUCUGAAGCUUCAUAUUACAAGAGUCUGAAUCUGCUAGUAUCUCACUUCAUGGAGAAUGAACGCCUGAAAAAGAUCUUACACCAGUCUGAGGCACACAUCCUCUUCUCCAAUGUCCUGGAUGUCAUGGCUGUUAGUGAGCGCUUCCUGUUGGACCUUGAGCAGCGAGUGGAGGAGAAUAUUGUGAUCUCGGAUGUGUGCGAUAUUGUCUACCAGCAUACAGUUAAUCACUUCUCUGUGUACAUCACCUACGUCUCCAACCAGACCUACCAGGAGAGAGCUUACAAGCAGCUUCUCCAGGACAAACCAGCUUUCCGGGAAGUGAUCUCACAGCUGGAGCUGGAUCCCAAGUGCAAAGGCCUGUCCUUUUCUUCCUUCCUGAUUCUGCCGUUUCAAAGGAUCACUCGACUCAAGCUGCUGGUGCAGAAUAUUUUGAAGAAAGUGGAAGAGAAGUCUGACAGGGAAUCCACUGCCCUGGAUGCACAUAAAGAACUGGAAACAGUGGUGAAAGCAUGUAAUGAAGGCGUCAGGAAGAUGAGCCGAACAGAGCAGAUGAUCAGCAUCCAGAAGAAAUUGGAAUUCAAGAUCAAGUCUGUGCCCAUCAUCUCUCACUCCCGCUGGCUGCUGAAGCAGGGGGAAUUACAGCAAAUGAAUGGUCCGAAAACAUCACGAACGCUUCGCACUAAGAAACUCUUCAGAGAAAUCUACUUGUUCCUUUUCAAUGAUCUGCUGGUAAUUUGCCGGCAAAUUCCUGGGGACAAGUACCAAGUGUUUGACUCGGCUCCGCGGGGACUUCUUCGGGUGGAGGAGUUAGAAGACCAAGGGCAGAGUUUGGCCAACGUCUUCAUCCUGAGGCUGCUGGAGAAUGCCGACGACCGGGAGGCCAGCUACAUGCUGAAGGCAUCGUCCCAGAGCGAAAUGAAGCGCUGGAUGAUUUCGCUGGCCCCGAACCGGAGAACGAAGUUUGUUUCCUUUACAUCCAGACUCGUUGACUGCCCGCAGAUCCAGUGCGUCCACCCGUACGUGGCCCAGCAGCCAGAUGAGCUGUCCUUAGAACUGGCUGACGUCCUCAACAUCCUGGACAAGACAGACGACGGAUGGAUAUUUGGGGAGCGUCUUCAUGACCAGGAGAGGGGCUGGUUCCCCAGUUCUAUGGGGGAGGAGAUCCUGAACCCCAAAAUCCGAGCCCAGAACUUGAAGGAGUGUUUCCGGGUGCACAAGUCGGAUGAUAGUCAGCGGAGGAAACUGGGCAGCAGAAAUCGCCAAUGACCGCCGGUGUCCCCGAGCGCUCGGAGUGCCUCUGGGAGAGGGACAGAGGACACCGGCUGCGGCGGUGGUGCUGUGGGCCGUGGUGCAGGACCUGGUGUGCCGGACCGGGCACACGCACCUCUGAACAAACAGAUUGAAGUUCCCGGGCUCCCCGCCAUGCUUCCCACGGCGCCGAUCCUUUCCUGCGGAUCAGCGCUUUGAACUGGCUGAAAUAACCCCUUCCCAGGUGUUCUGUGACGCCCCAAAGAGCACGAGCCAAGCGGACACAGCCCAGAGGCCACCGGGUGCCGGGCAGCUGACCCCCGUCCCCUGCAGCUGGGGCUGGCUCGGGCCGCCCGGGGAAGGCACGUGGCCACAAACGUAACAAAGCGAUUCGUGUCGCCUGGUUUGAGCACUCGCAGCUCGUCGCGACCUUUUGAGGAUGGGGCCUUCCUAAAGCAGCAUCUUACCGGGGUGGAAACUGAAGCAGAGGAUCUGUCGCUGCCUCUCAUACAGCCCAUUGGCACCAGGCUGGGCCGAGCCUCGGGGAAUUCCACCUCCUCCAUCCUGGGCCCAUUCCUGCGGGCAGCCCCUCGCUCUGCUUCCCCUCAAACGCUCCGAAACGCUCAGUACCCAACGUCGCCAGCCCUGCCCCACGGCCUCAAAGCCCACCUGGGCCCUGCCCCACGGCUCGCCCCCUCCCUCCCCAGCCAGCAUCCUGCCGCAGAAACCCGGCCUUGCAGCCGGCCUUUCCUGGUUGAUUCGGCACCGGCGGCCUCCCCCACCCGGCGCUGCCGACUGACGUUACCCCAGGAGCUGCUGUCCCGCGUGCUGCGGGAGGCCCAGCGACCGCUGCCUGCAUGCUUGUCACCCACACACCACCCGGCUGCGUGCACAACCCACGCCCUCCCUGUACAGGCUCACCUCCGUGUAUAUACGCAAAUCCUCUGCGGCCAGCAGAGCCGGAUCGUCGCUCCUUCCAGCUGUGGCACUGAGCAUCGCAUGAAGCCCAGGCUGCAGCACUGAGACCAGCUGGGGGACGGACCCACGGCAGCCACCUGUCGUUCAACAGCCUCACUCGCAACAGUCCCACACACAACUACAGCUGCAGGUCCCCAGCUGCGGCCCGCGUCCAUCAGGGAAAUCAAUUGUUUGGCAUCUUUCUGUAACGCUGCAAAGGAGAAGUCUUCCAGGUGCCGUGGCCUGUGCUGCCGUAUGCUCCGGCGGUGCCACGGUUGUGCUUGAAAAGGGGACGGAGAGCAGCCGCCGGAGCCCCGCACGCAGAGAGGAGCGUGGCCGUGCCGGCGGAGGGAGCAGGACACCGGGGAGCUGCCGGAGCGGGGCUGGGUUACAGGCGGCCGGACCCAGCCGAGGGAGGGCCGGGGCUGUGCGCGCUGUCACGGCGGCCCUGGGACAGCCAGCGCGGUGUCAGCCCUGCACUGGGGGAGACGGGGGCUGGGGGGGGCUGCAGCCAGCCCCCAGCAGCAAACUGCUGGGAACCACGGCCGGGAAGGGGCUCCCUGCUCAGUGCCGCUAUGUCAGUGUGUGCCAACAGCCGGUUGUUGUUGUGCCAACACAACCAACAGGCUGUGCCUGCCCCGGCCACCUGUAACACCGCGCAGCGAGGGCCUCGCGGCAGCUCCGAGGCUCCCAGCCCCCAGUCUGGUGCUCCCAGCUCAUUUAAUGGCGAGGCCCCAAGUCAGAUCCCCCCAGCAGCACCCCCCAGUCAGCUUUCCGAGUACAACCAGCUCAGGGUCCAGAUCUUACAGCAACCGGAAAUUCUCUGUAGUGAAACCCAGAGCAGCUCCAGCUCUAGGAAGUCCUUAAAAUUACCUGAGAAAUCGCUACAUCCCUGAUCCUCCAGCUUCGCAGCCCAGCGGCCAGCCCAGCCCGGGCACUGCAGGCCCACCACCCGCCUGGAAUCCUUCCUGUAGCCCAAAAAGGCUCCCUCACCCCUCAGAACCAGCUUUUGCUAGUGGAGGGGCUGACCCAGGCUCCCCAGUGCCAGGACACGGGUUUUUCUGGGAGGAGAGGGGCCCAGGGCUGCCGGGCACCACCCCACGCCCCGUUGCCGAGCCCUGGGACUCGCUCUGGCCCCUCUUGCUCUGCUGUGACUUUUUAGGACUCCAAACCCUCGGCCGUGCCCUUUUCAGGCACCAAGUGGCACCCAGUGUUGUUUCCUCAGACCCAGCCCUGCACGCCUCCCGUUUCAGUGGUCUCCAGUGUUGUACAGGGCCAGGCCUGGGGCCCACAAGCAGGGGCUGGAGCCCCCCCCAGCCCCCCUCCCACCCCCCACCCCGCCCCGGGCUGCCUCAGCGAACUGUGGGGAACUUCUCGUCGUCUCGUUUUCCCGUGUGAUGAAAUAUAGCUGAGCGAGCCAGCGCCAAA